ACUUUGUCUCGUGUUAUGCUGAAAGUCUGACAGAGUGUGGCGUGCUCUGCAAGCUCCGCGCAGUUUUUAAGCAAACACACAGCCAGAGAGAGAGAGAGAGAGAGAUACAAAAUAAUAGGCAGCCAGAGAGGACAAGAGAUAAAGACCACGAGAUAUUCCCAACAUCAAGUCUUCCAGCGAUCUCUCGCAUCUCUUUCUAAUGGACUCUGGACAUAAAAUUCUGUUAUAGGAGGGAGCAUCACCCUCGCUCAGCCCGCUCUCCGCUUCCAGGAGACUGCCUGUUUUCAACACUCCCGACCGGAGCAGCAACAUGGAAUUGGGCACUUUCUUCCUGCUCUACUUGCCUUCAGUACUUGGCAAGCUGGAAACUGGGGAGCUGACAGAUUUCACUUACCAAUUACCGAUUGGAAGCACAAUCGACGUGAACCCAAAAGGCCAGCGCUGGAGGCGAAGUUCUGCUGUCAAUAUUGACUCCAUUACAACAUUGGAGACUGAAGGAGACCGCUUGAGCCUAGAUUUAGAGGGGGCCAGUCUCGCCAUCGACACCCUGCCCGACAAUGGAACCCAAAUUGUGGAAGACCACCAUAACUAUUACAUAUCCAGAAGCUAUGGGCCAAAUGACUUCAGAACAAAGGAACUCUGGGUGGACUUUGCAACCGUAGACAAGAGCAAAGUGAGGGUCCAUGGAAUUCUCUCAAACACUCACCGACAAGCUUCAAGAGUAAUUUUGUCCUUCGAUUUCCCUUUCUAUGGCCAUUAUUUGCGCCAGAUCACCAUAGCAACAGGAGGUUUUAUAUUCACUGGGGAGGUUAUCCACAGGAUGCUGACGGCAACUCAGUACAUAGCCCCACUCAUGGCAAACUUCGAUCCCAGUUACUCCAGGAAUUCCACCAUCAGAUACUUCGAUAAUGGGACUGCUUUUGUCGUCCAGUGGGAUAAGGUCUUCCUGCCAGACCGGGAGGAUAUUGGAAGUUUCACCUUUCAGGCCAUGUUGUGUCAAGAAGGACGGAUUGUUUUCAGCUAUAAGGAUGUUCCAAUAACUGUGACUCAGAUAAAUUCUGCAGAGCACCCUGUUAAAGUUGGGCUAUCUGAUGCCUUCAUGAUAGAUCACAAAGCACCACAUGUUCCUGAUGGUCAAAGAAGAAUGAUUUAUGAAUAUCACAGGGUGGAAAUAGACAUGACAAAGAUCAGCAACAGCUCAGCUUUGGAGUUCACUCCAGUUUCCAUGUGUUUGCAGCACCUGAGUUGUAAUGCAUGUGUCAACGCUGAGGUUCGAUUCAACUGCAGCUGGUGUGCUGUUCUUCAGAGAUGUUCCAAUGGGUUUGACCGUCAUCGACAGGAAUGGCUGGACUAUCGCUGCAUGGAGGAGCACAGUGGUGAGCUCUGCGAGGACCAUCCUGAACAUUUCCCUGAUGUCUCCUCCACAGUGGUCUUUGUAAAUUCAUUGGAAAGUGAAGUUACCACCACCACAUCAGUGCUACUCUCAAGCAGUCUCACUAUGGAAGAUGACACGAAACUCAUUUUUCAUCUGAAGGAUAAUGAUAUCACAGAUGACAGUCCCUCGGAUAAGAAAGGUCCGCUGCACACCGGUGUGGUAGUGGGCAUUGUGCUGGCAGUUAUUGUCAUCGCUGUCAUUAUUCUGGGCAUCAUCUACAUUAGCAGUCAUCCCCUGUCUCCCGCUGCCUUAUUUUUUAUUGAGUUGGAGCAUUUGGAGAGAACGUCCUACUACUCUAAAACCAGAGGGUCGUUCAAUGUUGAGACUGAGCGCCGGUCCCAUAGAUGGCCAGCAAUGAAGUUCAGAAACAACACUGGACAUCCUAGCUAUACCGAGGUGGAGCCAAUGGGUCACGACAAAGAGGGAUUCCUAGAAGCUGAACAGUGCUGAAACCCAUGUGGGAUCAAACCUUUGGCUGGACAAAAAUGCCAUGGAUUUCCAAACCAUGACGUACAGUGCUGUGCCCUACUCAUUUCUCAGUUACUGCCUGUGGAGGAUUACCUUGCAAACCAGCCCCACACCAAUGAUGGAAACUUGUCACACUGUUAACAGGCAAUUGUAUCCAUGUCAGUAAGAGACAUUUAUUAUAGUAUAUAUGAAGAAUAAGUUACAACUGAGUAUAUGUACAUUUAUUUCUUUGAAAAUCAGUUGUGUUCAGAUCCACACAUAUAUAUAUUAUAUAUGAGACUUACCAGGGUAUAGGUGGACCUUAUACAAUGGAACAUCUUCAUCCACUUUGCUGGGGAAGUGGGUGGAAUUUUAAUUUGAUUUGUAUAAUUUAUAUAGUACAGUGAAUACAUCUUGUGCCUCAUCCCUCCCUCCCCACCCAGCGACACAGGCUGUGCGCUGUUCUGAUGCAGGUAAUUUGACAAACAAUUCACACGUGUGGCAUGACCAGUGCCAACCAGCUCCCCCAACCCAUGCCACUGAAAGUAACACCUCACACUGGGCUACAGUCCACAGAUCUGCAAUGCCCCAUCAGUGCUUGUGUUUGAUGUGUGUGCUUCAUGGGUCUGACGGGUAUUCAACAACAUGUUGGCAGGAGCGCAGCUGAAACCAUUCUAUUCUUGCUCAACAGUCACACAUGCACUGGUACACUAACUUAUACACACACACACACACACACACACACAAACACACAUACAUACAAACUCAUACACAGAGACACACACUCACACAUGCACAUGCAUAUGUGCAAUCACACAUAAUAAGCAUGCAUUGACUCCACAUGUGGAAGCACAUACACAUUUAUAUAGAUGCAGAUACACACAAAAGCAAUUAUAAAUACACGCACCUACUUAAAUGCACAAUAUACAGACUAUUAAAUGGGAACACAAAGGGCCAUUUUCUCAGCAACGAUCACUGGGGAUUUAGCAAGAGCAGGAGGCUUGCUUCACUCUGUGACCUCUCCUGCUGGUCAAAAGGCUGUCUGGCCAAUUCCUGUGCUUGUCCUGCCACCCUCAGCUGAGAUCAGAUGACAUGCUAGAGUCCGGGAAUUGAAAGUGGGCCCAUCAUAAUCAAUGUACCAAACCACACAAUGCAUUUACCCACUGAACCACUGGGGAGUGCACUUUUAAUUAGUUGUAGCCUUCAAUAAGGAACAGCAAAAAAGGCUAGUAUUUGCAUUCAAAUAGCAUUUGUAAAAUUCGAGUGCAGAUUCCACGCAUCUUGUUAUCGGAAUUGAUCAUUGCUGUAAUUGCCUCAUGUCUCACUUGUUCUUGUG